AUGAACCGACUCUUCGGCGCAAAGAGCAACGCUCCGAAGCCCUCUCUGAAUGAUGCUAUAGGAAAGGUCGACACGAGAGUCGAGUCGAUAGACGUCAAGCUCGCCAAACUCAACGCCGAACUGCAGACGUAUCAGCAACGACUGAGUCGCAUGCGAGAUGGACCAGGCAAAAAUGCGAUCAAGCAAAAGGCCAUCAAGAUCCUGCAGCAGCGCAAGAUGUACGAGGGCCAGAAGGACCAGCUACAGCAGCAAAGUUGGAACAUGGAGCAGGCUGGCAUGAUGCAGGAUAACCUCAAGAACACCAUGGCAACGGUCGAUGCGAUGAAGACCACGCAGAAGGAGCUGAAGAAGCAGUACGGCAAGAUCAACAUUGACAAAAUCGAGAAGAUGCAGGACGAAAUGGCAGAUCUUAUGGACAUGGGCAACGACAUACAGGAGAGCAUAAGUAGGAGCUACGAUGUGCCGGAGGAUGUGGACGAAGCCGAGCUGGAUGCUGAGCUUGAAGCGCUGGGAGAGGAAGUGGACUUCAAUGCUGAGUUUGGCGAGAGUGAAAUGCCGGGCUUUCUUGCAGAGAGCUCAGGCCCGCCGCAAUUCAUUGACGAAGCACCGGAGCAGAAUAAGGAGAAGCAGGCAGCCACGUGA